GCCUAACAAAAAACGGUUGUUUGAAUGAUUUGAAGGACAACAACGACGGCAAUGAAGAUAAUAAUAAUAAUAAUGACGACGAAGAAGACGAUGUCCAUUACCAGUACCAGUAAUCAAUCCAUUUGUUUCGCGACAACGACGACCAACCAAAGUUCAGUUAGAGCCCAGCGAUGACAACAACAACAACAUUCACAUUCAAACCGAAUCUAUUACUGGGAACGACCAAUACGUUUGGUUCGUUGUUGUCGUCGUCGAUCGGUAGCAGCAGUGGUGGUGGUGCUCAGCAACCGUCAACCAGCGAUGGCAACGAUGACGAUACCGAUGAACCGCCUAAAGUGGAAUCAGUAGAGCACAGGGAAUCCGACGCUGUUUAUACGAAAAAAUGUAAACUGUACUUCAAAAAUGGACAGCAACUGGACAGAGAAGGGUGUGGGCUAUCUGUAUAUCAAACUGGAGAUCCCGACGCCGAUAAGGCACAGCUGCUGAUGCGUGCCGAUAACACAUUCGGCACGUUUAAGCCGGUCUCAACGUUUACCAGUGACAGCAGUAUCGGUAGUUUAUUUGGUGCGUCUAAUAAAAUCAUCGGUGCAACCGAUAAUAGUAGUCAGAAGUCAUCAUCAAACGAGUUGUCCACUGGUGUCGGCACACAGACAUCGACUAUAUCUUCAAACACCAACUCAUCGCAGGCCAGUAGUAGUCUGUUUACAAGCAGUCAACCAACCAAACAGGACACCGAUAAGCAAACUGUUGUACCGUCAACUCUGAAAGAGGACACCGAGACAAACAAAUUGUUAUACCGAAGCUGACGUCGC